AUGGGGGCAGAGAACCUGUUGGGCAGUGCUGAAGAACCAGCCUGGAUCCAGUGGCUUCGAAAGGACUCCAGCCCUCCACGACCCCAGACCACAGCCCUCUGCCACCUACAGGAUGGCAGCCUGGGGGCUGGGAGCCCGGCCAUGAGGGAUUACUGCCCCUCCCCGCUAAAGGCCAGCCCUGUAUCCCCCAGGCACAUCCCUACCCAAAGCCCAGGCAUGGACUCUAGACACAGCAGCCCCAGUGGGGCUGGGGAAGGGGCCUCCUGUUCUGAGGGUCCUGGUGGGAGUUUGGCCUGCCCAUCCCUGACCUACAUCCCUUCCCAAGAGGCAGCCACCAAAGAGACAGUGGGAGCACAGGGAGCCUCAAUCUCAGGAACACCAGAAAUCACCUUCUCUGGGAAGCCAGAACAAGCGUCCUCAGCGAAAACUGAUCCCUCAUCCUUGGAGAACAGAAAUCCUGUGUUCUUGGAGAGGAUGGACUCCAAGUCUUCAAAGCAGUCAGAUUCCACUUCCAUAGAAAAGGAAGAUGCCCGGUCUUUGAGAAAGGCAGAUCCCGUGUUCAUAGGAAAGACAGAGCCUGCAGUCUUGGGAAAGGGGGAACCUGUGGCUUCUGGAAGGAUGGAUCCUGGGACCCCAAGAAAGGAAGAUCCUGAAUCCUUGGGAAAGGUAGAUCCUGCGUGCUCCAGCAAGGUGGGUACAGUGUCACCAAGGAAGAAGGAUCCUAUACCCUCAGCCAACGUGGAUCCUGCAUGCCCAAGACAGGAGGAGUCCCAGUAUUCAGGACAAAAGCUGCUUGUGUCCUCAGAAGAGGUGGGUUCUGCAUCUGUGGGCAAGGCAGAUCUUGUGUCCUUGGGAAAGAGAGAUCCUGGGCCCUCAGGAAAGGCGGAUCCCAGGUCCUUGGAAAACACCGAUUCUGCAUCUGCAGGAAAGACAGAUCCUGGGUCCUUGCGAAUGCUGACUCCAGGGUCAUCAGGGAAAAUCGAGCCUAUAUCCCAUGAAACUGUGGCUCUGGAGUCGACAGGAAGGAGUCGACUCUUGGAGACGACAGGUCCUGUAUCUAUGGGAAAUGCAGAAACUGUGUCCUCUGCAAAAGAGGACCCUCAGUUCCUGGGAAUGAUGGAUCCUGCCGCCUCAGGCCAGAGCGAUCCUGUGUCUGUGAGAGUGACAAAAACCGGGUCUGCUGCACCGGUGGAUGCUGGGGCUUUAAACAAGGCAGGUCCUGUUUCUUUGGGAAAGGUAGAUCCUGUGUCCUCAGCAAAGCCAGAGCCCUUGUCUCCUGGGCAGGCUGAACUGACGUCUGUGGGAAAGACAGAAACUGUAUCCUCACAAAAGGAGAGCCCAGUGUUUUCCAGAAAGAUGGGUCCCAUUAUUUCUGUGGGAGAUAUAAAAACAUCAUCUUCUGGAAAAGUGAAUCCUGAAUCUUCAGGAAAGAUAGACCCUGCACCCUCAGUUCCAGGGGAUCCCAAGUUCUCGGGAACAGUGGGACCCUCAUCCUUUGUAAAAUCUGAGGCAGUAACUGGGGGGAAAGCAGCUCCACUGUCCUCAGAGAAAGCGGAUCCUGUGUCCUCUGGAAAGGUGGGUCCCACAGCCUCAGGGAAGGCUGGUCCCCCCGCCUUGGGCAAGGUGGACCCUGUGAGCAGCAGGGAAGCAGAAACAGUGUCCCCUGGAGAAGUGGACUCCGUGUCUUCAGGAAAGGUGGCCCCCACAACUCUAGGGAAAACAGUCCUGGCACCCUCGGGAAAAGCCGUCCCAGAGGGAAAGGUGAAUCCUCUGCCUCCAGAGAAGGGGAAUCCUGUGAACUCCACAAAGUUGGAGCCCAGGGCCUUAGGGAAAGCAGAACCCAAGUCCCAGGGCAAAGCGGAAGCAAAGCCCCCUGAACAUGAGGGCCCCACUUCAUCCGGAGAAGCGGAGGCUGCCCCUCUGCAGAAGGAGAAACCGCUGGCCUUGGAGAAGGGGGAUCCUGGGUCCUCAGGAAAAGCUGACCCUGUGGCCCCUGGGAAGGCGGAGCUUAUGGCCCUGGGGAAGGCAGACUCCGCGCCACCUCCAGGAAAAGCAGAGCCCCCGCCCUUGGGGAAUGUGCCCCCCCUGACUCUAGAGCAGGCGGGGGCCUCCUGGGGCCCCAGGAAGCCAGAUGACCCCUGGAAGGGAUCCCCUCGACACACGACAGGCCUGCAAGGUAUGGGCAGCCUCUAG